AUGAACAACAGUAAAUUAAACGAUUUGGAGGGAGAAAUAAAGUCUCGUUCGGAAACAUCUCGUUUGUUGGAUUCAAAUUCCUACCAGCAAACGACUUUUCAAGUUACUCCUACAGACCCAACACGCGAACUUCAUACUGAAACCGAAAAUGAUACCAAACAUAAUGCUAGUAUAAGCAUAUCUCCUCUAAGUCCAAACCCUCGUAUAAUACCAAACUUCAUUUGGAUAGAAGUUUCGUUGCUUUUAAACGUAUUUCUUGCUGGCUUUGAUGGGACAGUUACAGCUUCUGCUUAUACUACAAUCGGUGAAGAGUUUCAUGCUGUAAAUUUAGCAUCAUGGAUAACCACCUCGUAUCUAAUAACAAGUACUACUUUUCAGCCUUUAUACGGAUCGUUUUCAGACAUAUUAGGAAGACGAGUAUGUCUACUUAUGGCAUCGGGUUUGUUUUGCCUGGGUUGUCUAUGGUGCUACUUUACUAAUGGAAUCAUUUCAUUAAUUUUUGCAAGAAGCUUUAUGGGGAUUGGAGGAGGAGGAUUGAUUACUCUGUCCACAAUCAUCAACUCGGAUAUCAUUCCGACUAGAAAACGGGGACUGUUCCAAGCGUUCCAAAACCUAGUACUGGGAUUCGGGGCUAUUUGCGGCGCAUCUUUUGGAGGCGUACUUUCUGAAGCAUUUAGCUGGAGAUUCUGUUUUCUCAUCCAAGUUCCUUUUUCAUUGUUAAGUAUUGCUGCAGGAUAUUCCUUUGUACAAAAUCAAGCGGGUAUCAAGAAAUUACCUCAUUUUCGAAGUCUUUUAGAGAAGAUUGAUAUAUUGGGAGGAUUCCUCUUGGUAUGUGGGUUGUCAGCGUUGUUGUUGGUUUUAACGUUUGCUGGCACACGUUCCACAGAUAAUUAUGGACUUUCUCAGUUGCUACUUUUAUUUUUAUUAGGAGUGCUGUUUCUUUCUGCGUUUGUAUAUAUAGAAUUUACAACGAAAGCAGCGCCAAUUAUUCCAUUAAAAUCGCUUCAAGGGUUAUACAGUACCCUUGUUUUAACGAUUGGGUUUUUCACUGGAUUAGCAGGAUACGCUUAUUUAUUUACACUCCCUUUAUUGUUUCAACUAGUACUAGGGGAUAGCCCUUCCAAAGCCGGACUUCGUCUUGCUUUACCUUCCUUGUCUACACCUAUAGGAGGAUUGAUUUGUGGUAUUCUCAUGCACCAACGUGUUCGUAUAGGGCCCCUGCUUUUUUCGGGAGUGUUUCUCAUGUCUUUGGGCUAUGUGCUUAGUUUGUUUGUUUAUCCUGGCAUAUCACCAAUCCUACUAGGUCUAUUUCUGAUUCCAGCAAACGUUGGGCAAGGUAUAGGAUUUCCAAGCUCAUUAUUUUCAUUUAUAUUUGCCUUUCCUCAAGAUUCACAUGCGACAUCUACGUCAACGCUUUAUCUUAUUAGAAGCAUCGGUUCAUUGUUUGGCGUAGGGGGAUUGUCGGCGGUCAUUCAAUUGACUCUCAGGAAAAAGUUAUCUGCUGACUUGUCAGAAACCACGAAUUUCAAUGAAAACCAGAUUCGUGAGAUUAUACAUAAAGUUACUGAAUCCAUGUCUUCUUUAUACGAUCUACCAGACGCUAUUCAGAGAAUAGUAUUAUCUGAUUAUACUUUCGCCAUUCGAAAGGCACAGAAGUUUACUAUGAUUUGCUGUUUUAUAGCCCUUUUCCUGUGUAUUUUAAAAGACCUAAUAAGACCGAAGACGCAUUCCGGAUUUCGCUAUUAG